UUCAAGUGCUUCUUCUGAGUAGUUCUUCUCCUGAUUCUCCUUUUUCAUAUAAUCCACCAUGUUUCUGCAAGUGCUUCUCCUUUUCCUCCUUUUUCACAUUUAUGUUGCUGCAUCAAGUUGGUCCAUCAUCAACUCCCUACCGGGCUUUCCCGGUGAUCUACCCUUCAAACUUGAAACUGGGUACGUCGGAGUGGGCGACGAUGAUGAUGUGCAAUUAUUUUAUUACUUUAUUGAGUCUGAGAGGAGUCCCGAGAACGAUCCUCUUGUGCUUUGGCUCACCGGAGGUCCUGCGUGUUCUGGUUUUCAUACCCUUGUAUACGUAAAUAUCGGUCCACUUUCAUUUGACUACGCACAUUCCAUUGGCAACAAGCCAAAAUUGAAGUUGAACCCAUACUCAUGGACAAAGGUUGCCAACAUAAUAUUUAUAGAUGCACCUGUGGGCACAGGAUUUUCAUAUGCAACAACUUGGAAAGGAUACAAUAUAAGUGACACGUCCCAUGCCGCACAGACAUAUCAGUUUCUUAGAAAGUGGCUUGUAGAUCACCCCAAGUUCCUCAACAAUCCACUCUAUAUUGGUGGAGCGUCUUAUUCAGGCAUAGUCGUUCCUGUUGUUGUUCAAGAAAUAGCCGAUGGUAAUGAAAAAGGAGUUGCGCCAGCAAUGAACCUUAAAGGGUAUGUGCUUGGCAACCCGGCGAUACAUUCAGCACACAGAUAUAGGAAUUAUGUUGUACCCUUUUCUCACUUAAAAGCACUAAUAUCAGAUGAACUAUACCAGUCAACUAAAACAAACUGCAAGGGAGAGUAUAUCGAUGUGGAUCCAGACAAUGACUCGUGCCUGGAAGACUUGGACCUUGUCAAAGAGUGUGUCAAAGACAUAAAUGACGUGAAUAUAUUGGAACCAAAAUGUAUUGAUUCAUCCCCAACCCCGAACCAUCUCAGUAAUGACUCUGUAAAACUUCUCCUUCCUUUUUCUCAACUUCCAAGGCAAUGGUGCCGGAAAGACAACUAUAUCUUCUCUGAUAUUUGGGCAAAUGAUAAAGCGGUUCAGAACGCUCUCCACAUUCGGGAGGGGAGUAUUGAGGAAUGGGCGAGAUGCAAUACGAGCGUACAAACUUCAUUUAUACAUGAUAUUGCCUCUAGUCUUAUUUAUCUUGAAAACCUCAUAAAACAAGGCUACAGAGUUCUGGUGUACAGUGGAGACCAGGACAUGAAUGUUCCUUAUAUGGCUACAACUGCUUGGAUAGAAUCUCUGAACUUGACGGUUGCUAGUCACUGGAAACCAUGGCUCGUCAAUGGACAAGUUGCAGGAUACCGAGUGCAGUACACACAUGAAAGCUACCAGUUGACACACACAACUAUAAAGGGAGGAGGCCACGCAGCUCCGGAGUACAAACCUGAAGAAUGUCUUGCUAUGGUUAGCAGGUGGUUCGCGUACUAUCCUCUCUAGUCAGUAAUUUGAGAUUACCAGUCAAUCUAUUGAAAGAUUAAAAUUGGACUUAGCUUUUUUUUCCAUAGCAACAUUUUCAUCCCAUGUUGUACCUGCAAAAGUUCAUUAAUCAAUGUUGUACUAGUGCAUCCUCUUUAUCGAUAUAUACUGGCAAUUUAAGUAGUACCCAAUGCCAAGGUGUUUCAUGUA